GUAGGCGCCCAGUAAGCCGCACCUGCCCACUAGACUAGAGAAAAAUCCAAGAAAAUAGAAAAGAGGAUAGCUUAAGAUUCUGUUUUUACAGUUUGCUGAUUGAGGAAGAAGCAUAUACUAUGUGGUUUCUAAGCAAAAAGGGUGCUUCUGGGUUCUCUGCAAAUUCAACAGCUGAGGAAGUAACUCAAGGAAUUGAUGGCUCUGCUCUUACUGCCAUUGUUACUGGAGCAUCAAGUGGAAUUGGUGCUGAAACUGCACGUGUUCUUGCAUUGCGGGGUGUGCAUGUAAUUAUGGGGGUCAGGAAUAUCUCUGCUGCAAAACAAGUUAAAGAGGCAAUAAUUAGAGAUGUUCCAGAAGCUAAAAUUGAUGCCAUGGAGUUAGAUCUCAGUUCACUUGCAUCAGUGAGGAAGUUCGCAUCAAAUUACAAUUCCUCAGGCCUUCCUCUAAACCUGCUUAUUAACAAUGCAGGUAUCAUGGCAACCCCAUUCACACUUUCCAAGGAUAAGAUUGAGCUGCAAUUCGCAACAAACCAUGUUGGCCACUUUCUUUUGACAAAUUUAUUGCUGGAGACCAUGAAAAGAACGGCUAGUCAGAGCAGAAAAGAAGGGAGGAUUGUUAAUGUCUCCUCACGACGCCACAAAUUUUCGUACCAUGAAGGAAUUCGGUUUGACAAAAUCAAUGAUCAAUUAGGGUAUAAUGGGCUGUCUGCAUAUGGUCAGUCAAAGCUUGCCAAUGUGCUACAUGCUAAUGAACUUGCUAGACGUCUGAAGGAUGAGGGAGUGGAGAUUACGAUGAAUUCUCUUCACCCAGGAGCCAUUGCCACUGACCUUUUCCGUCAGCACAGCAUUGUCAGUGGCAUUGUUAAUAUCCUUGGUAAGCAUGUGAUGAAAAAUGUUCAGCAGGGGGCUGCAACAACAUGCUAUGUGGCUUUGCAUCCGGAUGUUAAAGGUGUAAGUGGCAAAUAUUAUUCGGACUGCAACGUAGCUGAGACAAGCCCACAAGCUAAUGAUGCUGAAUUGGCAAAAAAGUUAUGGGAUUUUACCAUGAGUUUAGUUGACUAAUAUAAAGCAUACUCUUUUCAACCUUGCUACUGUGUGAAGAGGGGUCUCAUAGGCUACUAUGCCAAGCAAAUAUCCGAUUUUUUCCAAGAGGAGCUUUAGGUCAAGCUUCUUAUCAUUAUAAGCUUGAUUGCAAUUACAGUUCCACCAAAACUUUAAACUCAAAUUUUUUUAGGGGGCGCGGUAACUGCCUCAUUCUAUGGAAAACCAUGCCAGUUGACUUGGCCAUCUUGUAAUUUGAGAUUUAAUUUAGUCCCAAACAACUGAUACAGUCCCCAACAUUCAUAAA